UCCAACCUGCUGUGUCGGUGUCUUCGCGCUGUUCAUCAAAGCUGCCUCACGUCGCUGUGAACGGAGGAGAAAUGGCUGCAGCUCUGUCCCGUGCCCUCAAACUACCCGGGAAGAAGGGCUCGGGGCUCGGGGAGUACGACCCUCUCACCCAAGCAGACAGCGAGGACGAGAGUGAAGAGGAUGACCUCGUGCUCAACUACCCCCGGAACGGCCUCGGCAGGGACAACUGCCUCGGCACGGGCUCCUCGAAGCAUGGCAGAUCCGGAAGGCUUGUGGGGGCCGACGACGAGGCGCAGGAGGACGAGGAGGAAGAGGAGGACGAAUGGAGGGAACGACUCCCCAGCAAAUCCAGGCAGGACAGGGAUGACGUGAAAGGCAUGCAGUACUGGAGCCAAAGGGACUCAGGCAGGGACAGGGCAGGGGAGGACAGAGGGGGGCCUGGGCCACUGGGGGUUGCUGGGCUGGGGGUUCAUAGUACUGAUGCAGAAGAAAAGAGGAUGAGGAUGAAGAACGCUGUCCGGAGUGCGUUUUUCCUGGUGCCUCUGGUCUGUGCCACAUUGCUCGUGCUGCUUUGUGCAUUUCUGAUUCCAUGCCAGAAGGGAGAGCUGGAGAAGAGGCUGCAGUGGGAGCGAGCACUGGGAGAUGCUGGAGGUGUCACUCCGCCAGCGCUGGCGUUGUGGGAUGUUGAUGGUGAUUCAGUGGAGGAUGUGUUUCUGGGCGUCACUGAAUGGACCAAUGACAGCCAUCCCACACAAGGGAACAAAAUUUACAGUGCGGUGGCCCUGUCUGCAGUCAGCGGUCAGGUGCUGUGGAGGAAAGUCAUGCGGGAGUCUGUGAUGUGCAUCCAAUGUGGUCUGCAGUACAACGCGCAGCCGUCAACUGUGGUCCUCCUCAUCAGCAAAUCCGUCGUCAUGGCAGUCAAUGGAACCACAGGGAAGAACCUGUGGUCAGUUCCGCUUAGGAACAUCGAAUCCCAGGCGGUACUACUUCCAGACCUCCAGGGAGACUCAGUCCCAGAUCUCCUGAUAGCCACCCUGCCUGCAGAUGAGGCCUUGGAUCUCUCCCUGACCUUGAUGUGUGGGCGGUCGGGGAUGAAGCUCGGACAUCCCGUGCCUUUCAACCUCACCGGACAAGGAAAGCUGAUUGGUCCUUUGCUGCAUGAGACACAACAAGGGGCCUAUUACAUCCUCUUUGGGUUAGGUAAUGUAGAGGCCAUCUCUCUGCGGGACAUUUACGUUCGUGCCACCGGCAAAAUGCCCGCAACUCAGGCACUACAAAGGAAGGAUCCAGGGUGGGAGGGGCUCAAGAAAACCAAUUCCUCCUCCUUCAUACACAUUUACAGAGGAUCUGAGCGCGUGGAGUUCCUGCUCCCUCUUGUGGCUGGAUUUGGCAACAACCACAACAGUCUGGACACUGUUUCGAACCUCAACUCCACCAAAAGAGACUGGGUGCUGGUGUACGGCUCCAGCAAACUGUCAGUGCUCAGGCAGACGGACACACAUAAAGAAUGGACCUUCAGCUCGGCUCCCAUUCACAGUCAACCAGCCCCAGGACAUUUCAACGAUGAUGGAAUUCUUGAUCUUUUCAUUCAGCAUUCAGCAAACGGCAUCAUGCAGGCACAGGUUGUCGAUGGGGCAAAUGGGCAUCUUCUCUGGACGGCAGAGUUUGUGUGCCCUCGUCUUGUUUUGGAAACUUCAGCAAUCUCCACCUCAACUGGCCAAUCAGCUUUCCUCUUCUGGGCCAGCGAACCAAUCAAAGCACAGAAGAAUGUCACCAAGACAACUGUGGCACCAGGUGUUGCUGCAGCGGAGCCGCUCAUUAGAAAACUUUUCCUGUUGCACCCUGCAUAUCCCACAAUCCUGCUGGAGCUCACCAGUACCACAGACACCGCAGUCACCUCUGCAGUGAGUUACCAGGAGCGCCAGAAAGACGCCACCUACAUCACCGUAUCCUCCCGACCCACACCCGAUUCAGAGCCCGGCGCUCGGAUAGUCAAGAGCAUGAGCCUCAAAGCCGCUAUCACCAAAGGACAGAUUGUCAGGCUUGGGGAGAGCAACAAGACCGGGGAACCUCUUAAACCUGCAGUGUUUGAGGUCAACAAGUUCUUCAGGCGUUUGUCCUUUAAACACAUGUGAUGGGCCACCACCGCUACCACGCUCUGCCUCACAGGGAGCGGUGCCACUAAAAGGACUGAGGAUGAAAGGGACAGAAGUCGUGGCCAGCUCUGCACUACGGAGACCCUGAGGAGACGCAUCUUGUUUGGUUCACUAAGCUAUUUCUUUUCUGUAAAAAGAUUAUUUGUAAGUAGAGAUUUUGUUUGUAUUGUUAUGUUUGUACAUUGAACAUUUACUUAUUUAAAUUAUUUAACUCGCAUUCAGGACAGUCUUUAAUAUUUCAUUUGAGUGUUUAUGAUUGUUUGGAAUUGAUGGCAGAAGACUAACUUUAUACGGUAGUUUAUUACUGACAGUGAAGCACAAAAACGCUGAUGAAAGAGCAUGUAAAUGUGUUUACAGUAUGCAUCACUCAUAUAACUCUUCCCAGGUCAGUAUAUCCAUGUGGUGUCAUCCCCCAGUUUUCGUCAUGAAGCGACUAACCGUGUUUUUUCUGCUCAUCACCGAGGUCAACGGUGUAGAGUUUUACACAAGUAAAAGUGUGUACAUAUUUAAUGCUGUACAGUAUUUAUUGAUUUGCUUUAACAUUGAUUUUAUUUUUUAUUUUCUUUGUCUGAUUUUUUUCUAUGGUCAUAUAAUAAAUCUUUUUUUCUGAGAAUAUGUGGCUGCUAAAGAUCAUGGCAUUUAAAUGUAAGCUGAAACUGAAACAAGAGAACAAAUGAAAAUCAGUUUUUACUGCUGCAUCAUGUAUCGUGUGU